AUGUCGUCGACUUCGAGUAACUCUUCAGAGCACAGUCGAGACGGUCAUAAUCCGCCCAAUGUUGGCACUGUUCCAACAGCUCCAAACACCAUUCUGGUUCGCCCUUUCCAUGCAGAUGGAGAGAAGACUGAAACGGCAGCUAUUAACGACAAACCUCGUGGCAUCCUAAAGCAUACAUCUUCACGUAUUGACGUAAAUGUGACCGAGCCCGAAUCGGGCCGUUCAAGGCGCCAAGAACCAAAUCUAUCCCAUAAAACGUCGUUUGUGAAUGUCGUCAAAACUGCUAUGCUCGUCCGCAAGUGGAUGAUGUCGGAGCAAGAUAAUGACGAUGAUCAGACUUCGAAUUUGAACGAAUCAAUGGUAUUCGAACCGGCCGCGCGCUCUGACCACAUGCCUAUUCUCACCACAUCCGAGGAGAUUUUCGAAGACGAAACCACAUGCUGGCAGAUAUUCAGAAUUAAAGCUGCGGAAUGGAGCAGGCGCAUACUGUACUUCUAUGUGUCACCAACAGGUCAUUUUUGUUACUAUUGGGCCUGCUUGGUUUCUCUCGGCUUACUCUACAAUAUGUUGGCUAUGGUGAUAUUCAUAUUUGAUGAUGUUUACCUAUUCUUCUUCAAGCAAUGGCUUUACAUGAAUAUUUUCUUUGAUUGUGUAUUCUUUCUCGAUAUCCUUGUGCAAUCACGGACAACCUACACAUGGGAUGGAAGCGAAGUAAAGAAUGUAAAGAUGACUUUGAGAAACUACUAUAGGAGUUUCCGAAUAUACUUGGAUAUCCUGGCUUUGCUACCAGCAGACUUUUUCUUGUUUUUCAAUAGCACCCUAUCCAUGGUUCGAGCCAUUCGCUUGUUCAAAGCUUACCGUCUCAACGACUUUAUCGACAAUAAUCAAAAACGCACAUCGUUUCCGCAUGCUUCGAAAAUUGCACUACUUAUGACUGCUUGUUACAUUCUUUUCCACUGGAACGCAUGCGUCUACUUCAUGUUCAGUUUGGCUGAGGGGCUGUCAGAAGACGAUACGAAUGCUUUUGGAUUUUCCUACUAUAAGGUGUUUGAUCCGCGAGUUCCUACAUGUUCGGUUUUCAAUGACCAAAAUUGUCAAUACAAAGAAAAUUACUCGUUACUGGAUAUAGACGAUUAUCGACCCUCAUAUAUGCAGGACAUGUAUUCGUUUUGGGAGGGGAAAUUUAUCAAAUGGGACAUGGGAAAUUUUUCACGUGAAUACAGUAUGAGCAUAUAUUGGUCGGCUCUUACUAUUACUACAUGCGGGCAGCAGCCGUAUCCAUCAUCAUCACCUCAAAAUAUGCUUGAAGUUGUUGAUACACUAAUCGGAGUGCUGGUUUUCGCUACAAUUAUUGGUUCUGUUGGUAGCGUUGUUACACAAAUGAAUGAAGAUGUUUAUGAUUUUCGUCAAAAAAUGGAUGGUAUCAGAUUCUAUAUGAAGUACCGAAUGGUGAACCCAGCUAUACAAGAACGUGUGAUCUCUUGUGUUACAUACAUGCAUUCCCAACAUCAACUCAACGAUGAGCAGGAAUUGUUAUGCGUCCUUCCGCCAAGAUUACAAGGUCAGAUUGCCGUAAACCUUCAUAUGGAGACCUUGAAAAAAGUGGAACUGUUUAAGCAGUGCAGCGCUGGUUUUCUGUACGAAGUCGUUCUACGAAUCAAGCAACAAAUUUAUAACCCGAAUGACUACCUCUUCAGAGCUGGGGAGCGAGCAAGGGAGAUGUUUAUCGUGAAGCGUGGAACCUUACAAGUUAUUGAUGCCGACACUCUAGCUCCGACUUUGACCCUCACUGAUGGAGCUACAUUCGGCGAGAUGUCAGUCAUUCUCAUAGCAGGAAACCAGCUAGGUGAUCGCAGAGGUGUCUCGCUGCGAUCCGUUGGCUAUUCGGAUGUCUACAUACUAAAUCAGGACGAUGUCUCUACAAUUUUGCAAGAAUACCCGAUUGAUAGACAAAUUCUGGUUACCAAUGCUCGUGAAAUGCUUCGAUCACGGGAUCUACUCACUGAUGAAAUGAUGGAAAAUGCCGAUCAUUCUGCGGGCAUGUUAUCCUUAGACGAGCAGUUGGGUACGAUGAAAAAACAGAUUGGCGAUCUUGAGAGCCAGCUGAAUAAUAUGUAUAGUUCUUUCAAUCAUCUUUCUACGGAUAUGAAGAAGCGAGUGACGGCCGUGGAGCAGAUUUUUUCUCGAAAUCGAAAGCAAAUCAAAUUCGAUUGCCUGCGCGGGAAACUGAACCUAUAA